GGAGGGAAGAAAAGCAUCUACACCUUGACCAGUCUUAUGCUUGCACAAGAGUUUAGUUCUCUGCUGCUGUUUGGUUCCUACAUUUACUAUCUCUUUUGUGUAGAGAGUGCCGGUAGGUCCUUUUAUUGAAAAGCAGUGGGGAAAUAGAUUGUCAUUUUUAACAGGUCAUUGUCAGUUUUCCCUUCAACAUAAAGGAGGGGGUGGUAGAGAGGGGAGGUGGGCUGAAAUAAUUGCUGGUUUGUUGAAAGAGGUUAUAUUACAUGAGACCAUAUUGGCAGAAAAGGGUUUUUUUGUUUUUUGUUUUUUUGUUUUGUUUUGUUUUGUUUUGUAAGGGAGAGGGGGUUUGUCUAUGUGCCUGGGUUUCGUGGGGCUGGAGGUGGAUGCAGCGGGGUUAGGAAUCUCCAUUUCCGUGCUGGAAAUUUAAAGCUCAAGAAGCAGUUCCUGGAUACUGAACGUUGAGAUGGGCAGUUGUGUUUCGGGGGACUGCGCAGUCAAAACGGCAAAGAGAGUGAUUUAUUUGGGCUUCAGUAAAUGCUGCAUCUUGUAUUUCAAAGAGUUUCCUGUCAUGACCUCAUAAAAAAGAGGAGGCGGCUUGUAUGUGUAGCGGUGCCUGGCGUGUUGAGUUGUUGCUUCCUUCUCUGGGCAGCAGCUCUGUAAGAAGGAAUGUCAGCUUUUACAUAACGUUCCUUUCCGCUUUUGACACACUGUGUGAGGGUCCAUCUUCUUCUGAUCACAGAUGGAGUGGAAUGGCUUGAAGAUGAUAAUUAGCACCAUGGAGCCACAGGUGUCAAAUGGCCCGACAUCCAAUACAAGCAAUGGACCCUCCAGCAACAAUAGAAACUGUCCUUCUCCCAUGCAGACAGGAGCAGCCACAGAUGACAGCAAAACCAACCUCAUAGUCAACUAUUUACCCCAGAACAUGACCCAGGAGGAAUUCAGGAGUCUCUUUGGGAGCAUUGGUGAAAUAGAAUCCUGCAAACUCGUGAGAGACAAAAUUACAGGACAGAGUUUAGGGUAUGGAUUCGUUAACUAUAUUGAUCCAAAGGAUGCAGAGAAAGCCAUCAACACUUUAAAUGGACUCAGACUCCAGACCAAAACCAUAAAGGUCUCAUAUGCCCGUCCAAGCUCUGCCUCAAUCAGGGAUGCUAACCUCUACGUUAGCGGCCUUCCCAAAACCAUGACCCAGAAGGAACUGGAGCAGCUUUUCUCGCAGUAUGGCCGUAUCAUCACCUCUCGAAUCCUGGUUGAUCAAGUCACAGGAGUGUCCAGAGGGGUGGGAUUCAUCCGAUUUGAUAAGAGAAUCGAGGCAGAAGAAGCCAUCAAAGGGCUGAAUGGCCAGAAGCCCAGCGGUGCUACGGAACCGAUUACUGUGAAGUUUGCCAACAACCCCAGCCAGAAGUCCAGCCAGGCCCUGCUAUCCCAGCUCUACCAGUCCCCCAACCGGCGCUACCCUGGCCCGCUUCACCACCAAGCCCAGAGGUUCAGGCUGGACAAUUUGCUUAAUAUGGCCUAUGGCGUAAAGAGACUGAUGUCUGGACCAGUCCCCCCUUCUGCCUGUCCCCCCAGGUUCUCCCCAAUCACCAUUGACGGGAUGACAAGCCUUGUGGGAAUGAACAUCCCUGGUCACACGGGAACAGGCUGGUGCAUCUUUGUCUACAACCUGUCCCCUGAUUCCGACGAGAGUGUCCUCUGGCAGCUCUUUGGUCCCUUCGGCGCAGUGAACAACGUCAAGGUUAUCCGCGACUUCAACACCAACAAGUGCAAGGGAUUCGGCUUUGUCACCAUGACCAACUAUGAUGAGGCAGCCAUGGCCAUUGCCAGCCUCAACGGGUACCGCCUAGGAGACCGAGUGUUGCAAGUUUCCUUUAAAACCAACAAAGCCCACAAGUCCUGAAUUUCCCAUCCUUACUUAUUAAAAUAUAUAUAUAAAUAUAUACGAACAAAACACACGCGCGCACACACACACAUACACACGCACACACACACAAAAGAGAGAGAAACAAACUUUUUGAGGCUUAUAUUCAACCAUGGACUUUAUAAGCCAGUGUUGCCUAAGUAUUAAAACAUUGGAUUAUCCUGAGGUGUACCAGGAAAGGAUUUUAUAAUGCUUAGAAAAAAAGAAAAAAAAUACAAAAAAAAAUACCUUUGAUGCAUUGAAUGUUCUUUCAUAGCUGUCGUUGUUGAAUAUAAUAUACAUAGAUAGCGAUGUGCAGGGAUUUUAACCCAGCCAGCUAACUUUACUACCUUCCUUGAAGGUGGGUCUUUUUAAGAUGACCAUUCGCUCAUUUGAAGAAGAAAAACAAAAAACAAAAAAAAAAUAAUAAUAAUAAAAAUAAAACAAUUUUUACAAAGUAAUGGGAUUCAAAGAAAGAAAAAAAAGAUUUUUCUUUUUUGUCAAAAAAGUUGAUCCAAUCUGAUUGGUAAAAACCCCCCACACAAAUUAAAGAGGAAUAAUAAAAAUUGCAAAAAUGAAAAAAAAAACUUUUGCAAAUUUUUUUAUUUUUCCUUUUUUCUUUUAUAUCAUGUGAACUAAAAACAGUCUUCUGUUAGGGGAUGGGGGUAAAGGGGGAUACCUGAUGACAUUAACAAUUUAAUAACAUUAACAUUGUUGCCAAAGAGGUGGUCUCUUUGCUGAAAAUGGGUUUCAAGAAAAAUCUAUUUUUAUAAAAUAUAAAGAAUUUUUACAAGAGAAUCUGGAUUUGAGAAAAAAAUAUUUUGACUGGCUAAUUUAGGGGAAAUUGACAACUUUGUCGCGUUCAUACUGCACUGGUAACUUUUUAGAGAUCAAGAUGUGUGUUUUAAACUGGAUUCGUAGACUGUUUUUUGAAGGAUGGGCUAUAAACAGAUGAUCUUCAUAUCUUUUCAUAGCAUGUAAUAAUAAUAAAAAAAUUAUUAAUUACUAGGGGAAAGGAGUGUUCGUUCUACCCAGGGUACCACAGUUCCCCACAGUCAAAACCCAAAAGCAAGGAGAUGAGUUGAAAGACAGUUUUUCUUUAAGUCAUCAGUAUGGGAUGUCAGCAGAACAAAAAUUAAAAAGAUUAAUUUUCCUUUUGAUCUAAAACUUCCUUAGUUUGAGCAGUAGGUGCUACGAAAUUAUUUACAUAUCUUAGUAUCAUAGUUAAAUGUAAUGUGUUUAGGAGAGGAAAACAAAAGAUACAUUUGCUUUAAAUUCAUUAAGGAAUUUUCAAAUUCACUUUGUAGCCCAUGCUGAUAGAACUGGGCUGUGUUGGUACAUUUGAAACACUGUUUAUGUUGCUUGAAACACUUAUUUAUUUAAUCGCCGAUGUGAUGAUGCCUAUGGCCGAGAUCAAAUAUAGCUAGAUUGGCUAGACUACUUAUUUGUUUACUUAAACUAUGGGAAGAAGCAUAUUAUUGUGUCAUUCUGUUGUGUGUGUAUGUGUAUAUACAAUAUAAAUAUAUAUAUAUAAAGUUAUUUUUUCUUUGGGUUAAUUUAUUAUAAGUUGUAACACUUGGCUAGUUUUGUUUGUAUAUGUCUUAAAAUGUUUUCUUAUGAUAUUUAAGUGACAGUUAAAGAGGUAUCAAGGUAACUUGUGUAGAACUAUUGUUUGAUAUAUUGUCAUGUUUGUUGUGAAUAUUUUUUCUUACUGCACAGUAGAAAAAUAAAAACAACUGGGUCUUUAUUUUAAUGUAAUUCAGAUCGGGGAAAACAAAACAGAGCUAAGGGAACAAAUGACUGAGGGAGCAUUCUCCCGCGUCCAGUGCACUGAUCAUUUUAGUAUGUUUGUGCUUUGUACGGUUAUAUAUUUAAAACAAAAACAAAACAAAAAAAUACAAGGGUUCAUGCUCUUCCCUGGGUAAUAGAAACAGUUACUCGCUAUGCAUAAUCUAGUUGAUAGUUAAAUUUGCUAUUGCUUUUCUUGUCUUGUUAUAUAAAAUCUUUUCAAUACAAGUUUAGUCUUAAUGGUAAUAAAACGUUAUGGUUAUUUAUAACUUGUGCUUAUUUUGUGCGUUUUUUCCCAUGCUGAACCCACUAAGUGCAUGUAGACAGAACUGUUGUUUUCACACUGAAGAGGCAAACUUUGUAGUAGUAGUCGUAGUGGUAGACAGGUAACGAAAACCAAGGCUGCAUCAUAGACUCCUCCUUUAAAUUUUUUUUCUGUUUUUUUUUCCUCUUUUCGGUUUUGAAAAAAUAAAAAUAAACCACCAGAUUUCAGUUCAGAGAACACUCGUUCAACAUUCAGGGAAAACUUUUUACAUCACCUGCUAUGAAUGAACGCAGUUUGCUGGCAAAGUUUUGAUGCAUUUGCUAAGCAUUAGUGGGAAAGGCAUGCCAAAAUCUCUUCUCUAUAAUGUGUUCACUCUUGGGGGAAAAAAAAAGGAAAAAAAAUCUUAGGACCAGGCAGUUGUAUACUUUAGUUAUAAUGAAUGACUUCAUGUUAAUCUUGCUAGUUUAGAUGAUUUCUGAGGGAAAGUAUUGUAAAUGUUUUUUUUUUCAUAAUCUUGUUGUGUUUGAAUUAUUUGUACUUUAUCUGUCCAGACAAUAAAUGAAAGUGUGUAGAAUGGA